ACACGCUUGGUGUGUUGUCUGCUAAUACGACGCAGAGAGAAAGACAUCUAAAACUUGAACUGUUCCGCCGAGCUUCGACGCAGAGAGGAAGACAUUGAUCGUCUACCGUCGACGAAGAGACGGCCUUCGACCGUCUCCCUUCAACCUCUACGCUGAUACGACCGGCUUCCAGGAUCUAGCUUCCCUACUCGACGGAGAUACGAUCGGCUUCCGUAUCCCGAUUCCAGGAAAGCAUUAGCAGUAAAGGGAAGGAUAUGAGUUCUUAUAAUGCUUUUAAAGCAUGUGCUCCCGUAGCAUGGAGCUCGAACCUGUACAUUACUCUUGUAAGAGGAAUCCCGGGCACUAGGAGGCUCCAUAGACGUACCUUAGAAGCACUGCGCCUUGGGAAAUGCAACCGCACCGUGAUGCGUUGGAACACCCCUACCGUCAGGGGAAUGAUCCAGCAGGUGAAAAGGUUGGUAGUUGUGGAAACAGAAGAGAUGUACAAGGCACGGAAAGAGAAAGAAGCAAACCAUCGGGCGUUGCGUCCGCCAUUGGUUAUACAUCAUCCAGCCUCAUCUGCAACCGGUUCCACUUAGUAUCUACCAAAUGCCAAGACUAUAUGUCUUUGUCACCUCAUGCUGUUUCAUUGGUCAAUUAAGUGAUUACUUUGUUUUACAAUUUAUUUUGUUUUAUGUGCAGUUCCCUAAGAUGAUCUUAUAUUUUGUUUAGAUCUUCACAGUUUUGAAGAAUGGAUUUUCUAGCUUAAAUCUUUUGAAAUCAUCCUGGGCUUUUUUCUAUGUAACAAGGCGUUACUAUUUCACUGUAUUACCAUGCUGAUUGGCAAUGGAUAAGAGUCACAUUGGGAGUUGGUUUUUGGACUGUCAAGUAUGUAUGUUUUUUUCAUGU